AUGUCGUUUAGUCUCAUUUGUAGAUGGUUUGUAUUGCUCCUGCUGCUGCGGUGGAGCACCUGUAGGAAGGAAAACAAAAGACUUGUGCUGCAUAGUGAGGAAGAUACGAUCGCUGCAAUCCAGACAUUGACUGCAAGGAUUGAGCAGUUGGUAGCUCAGAACAAUCGACAGGAUUCAGAAAUACAAGCGCUGAAAGCAGGAUCUGUUGGCGGUUCAGUUUACACCAGGUGGGGACGAACAACGUGUCCACAGAACGGAACAGAGCUCGUGUAUAAUGGUUUUACAGCAGGAAACAGGUACAACAAAAACGGAGCAUCAGAUUUCGUUUGUCUUUUGGGUGAUCCGAUAUGGGGUGUAUAUAGUGAUUCUCCCCUAACAUAUUCACCGCAGAUAUACGGAACUGAAUACGAAAUGAGUUUCUACAGUGCAGGAGCCACACAAUUCUUCGGCAGCAAUAUACACGACCACGACGGCCCAUGCGCAGUGUGCAGAUCCAGCCGCCCAACCACUGUGAUGAUUCCCGGCAGAAACCAGUGUUACCCGGGCUGGACGAUGGAAUAUUCAGGCUAUCUUGUAUCUGGUCUUAGUGAACAGUCGUCACCGACUAAUUACGCUUGCCUCGAUACAAAGCCAGAGUUUGAAUUAGGGGAUGCUGAAGACAGGGAUGGUAAAUUGAUGUAUUUGGUUGUAGCAGCCUGUGGAUCGUUGAAGUGUCCACCAUACGUUCAGAGCAGAGAGAUCACCUGUGUUGUUUGUUCAAAAUGAUCUUUUGCUGUUGUUGUAGUAACUUCGUGUACAACUACGGUGCUGAGAUGCAUAUAACCAGUUCCUUUUGUCAACGCAGUUAUUACGUGAUACUUAGCGGAAAUAAAAAAUAUAUCCAUAA